AAACUUCCCCAUAUUUUCUUAGAAAUUAUCCCAUCUUGAUCCUUUUCUUCUUCAUAUAAACCCUAAAUCUGUUCUUCAUUCAGUAACAUCAUCUACCCACAACUUAUUUCAUCGCAAAGUAGCCAAUUUUCCAUAUGGGUCACUAUAAUUUGGUUCUUACAUCUCUUCUGUUCUUCAUUCUUCAAGGAUCAGUUUCAGGUGCCACUUUUACGUUUGUGAACAAGUGCAGCUACACAGUUUGGCCGGGAAUUCUCGGAAAACCAGCUCUUGAUAGCACGGGAUUCGAGCUCGCAAACGGAAACUCGCGUUCAUUCCAAGCUCCGGCGGGCUGGUCCGGUCGGUUUUGGGGAAGAACAGGCUGCACCGUCGAUGGAUCAGGUCACUGGUCAUGUGCCACGGCUGAUUGUGGUACCGGAGAAAUGGAAUGCCAUGAUGCUGGAGCAACCCCGCCGGCCACCUUGGCGGAGUUCACACUGGGAUCAGGUUCCACACAGGACUUUUACGAUGUCAGCCUCGUCGACGGGUAUAAUUUACAGAUGAUCGUGGAGGUGAACGGUGGGUCGGGUAACUGUGUGACGACGGGAUGCGUGGAUGAUUUGAACCGGCGGUGCCCUACUGAGCUGCGGGUUGACGGUGGCGGAGGGUGUCGAAGUGCAUGUGAUGCGUUUGGGUCGCCGGAGUAUUGUUGUAAAGGGGCGUUUGGGACUCCGGAGACGUGUCGGCCGACGGCRUACKCGCAGGUGUUUAAGGCGRCGUGUCCGAGAUCWUACAGYUACGCRUACGAUGAUGCCACGAGUACGUUCACGUGCGCAGGGGCCGAUUACAUGAUCACAUUCUGUCCCUCAAUCCCAAGUAACAAAAAUGCGAAAGGAUUAACGAAGUCUACAGAUGGAAGAGUGUCGGGCACGUUAGACGGAUUGUUCUCGAAUAGUUCAUUAUAUGCCGAUCUUGCAGUAGGACGUUCUGAUGUCGUUAGCCGUCCUUGUAUAAAACUCGUAUCUAUUUCAUUUAUUAUUUCUCUAAUAUAUAUUUUACAUAAUUUCUGAUUUUGUAAUUUAAUUUUUAUU